CUUGACAUGAAUCGCAUGAACAUGAUGGAGCAAGUCCAUUUAGCGGGCGAGGACGAAGAUGACAUUUAUGGGGGCUUCAAUGAUUACAAUGCCACUCUGGAUGUUGAUGAUUUACAACACGAUACAUCCUUCCAGAAAGCUGUGAUGAGAACAAGUCAUGGUCGGCGACCUCCCCCUACAGCAGCCAGGGGACUGGGGGGAGUUCCUGGAACCGCCGCACGAGGUAGAAUGGGAAUGCCCUCCUCCAUGGGCCGCCUAAAUACAGGAGCAGUGGGAGGAGGCCAGGAUAUGGCUCGUCCAAUGACGGCAGUGAGAGGGGCAGGGUAUACGUCAGCCGGAAAUAGAGCUGCAGGUUUUGAUCCCAUGAAUCAGGCAGGACCGGCUCCCCCACUGGAGCCCAAGCCAGAGGAAACCCCAGAGGAGAAGAUCCGCCAGUUGGAGAAAAAAGUUAAUGAACUAAUAGAGGAGAGCUGUUUUGCCAAUAGCACUGGAGACCUUAGUCUGGCUCUUGAAAAGGCUAAAGAAGCAGGGAGAAAAGAAAGAGUUCUAGUGCGACAGAGGGAGCAACAGUCCAUGGGAGAUCAGAUUAACCUUGAUCUGACCUACUCUGUGCUGUUUAACUUAGCCAACCAGUAUGCUGCUAAUGAGAUGUUUAACGAAGCACUCAACACCUAUCAAGUGAUAGUCAAAAACAAAAUGUUUACAAAUGCAGCAAUAUUCUAUACAUUCUUUGUCCCUGUGCAGCUCCAAUGGAAGUACGAUGCUGAGAACUGCAUUAAGACAGCAGCCAAGAUCAUCUCACCGGCCAUCGAAGCCCAGUUCUCCCUGGGAUACGACAGGUGCACAGAGCAAGUGAAGUCCUCACAGUACCUUGACCUUGCCCAUGACCUUGAAAUCGACAAGGCCAUCAUGUUCCUGAAAGAGAAAGAUUUCAACCAAGCGAUCGAGACUCUGAAAUCUUUUGAAAAGAAGGACACAAAAGUAGCGAGCACGGCUGCCACCAACCUGUCCUUCCUGUACUUCCUGGAGAAUGAUUUAGAACAGGCUGACAAGUACGCUGAGCUGGCAAUGAGUGCUGAUAGAUAUAAUCCCGCAGCUCUGGUGAAUAAGGGAAAUGUGCUGUAUGCCCGAGGAGACUAUGAGAAGGCUAGAGAAUUCUAUAAAGAGGCUCUACAGAAUGACUCGUCGUGUGUAGAGGGGCUAUACAAUCUAGGGUUAACCAAUAAAAAGAUAAGUCGGUUAGAGGAUGCACUGGACUGUUUCUACAAACUUCACGCUAUUCUACGUAACAGUCCACAAGUCAUGUACCAGAUAGCGGAUCUACAUGACCAAUUGGAAGACACAGCACAGGCCACAGAGUGGUUCAUGCAGUUGAUAGGCGUGGCCCCCACAGACCCCUCAGUUCUCGCGCGGACCGGAGAAAUCUAUGACAAUGAGGGGGAUAAA